AUGUUACCCAGCAUUACAACAUGGAAAGAUGGAAUUAGCCAGCAAAAGUCAACGAUUUCCACGAACGCAUAUCCCCUUGGAAAAAAACAGGAAUCGGACGAAGCUGCAAUCAAUUGCAUAGUUUUGGAUGGUCGAUCUUGCGGUGAUUUUAGACGGAAUGGAAUGAGCAAAUUUUUAUCGGUGGCUAUUCCUGGCUAUGCAGGCCCGGCAAGUCGAACAGUUCAACGAACAUUAUCGAAAUUAGACUUCCAGAAGCAGCAUGACUUCAAAACUGAAUUAUCGGAAGUGCCAAAUUUAUCUCUCACUCUCGAUUUAUGGCGAAGUGCUCGAUGUCGUCAUUAUUUAUGCAUCACUAUCCAUUGGCUUGAUUCUAAUUUUCGUCUCAAAGGGUACGUACUAAGCUUUCGUAAGUUUAGAGGACGACAUGUAGCAAAUCGAAUUCGUCUUCAUAUGAAACGGGUUUUGGUUCAUUUUAAUUUACUCGAUAAAAUCGGAGCGACAACGACGGAUAAUGGUUCAAACGUGAAGGCAGCCACGACUCAAAUUCGUCUAUUUGGACUUCAUCUUCAUUGUUUGGCUCAUGCGUUAAACUUAACGAUUCAUCACGGUUUAAAUCUUUGGUCAAAGAAGACAAGAGCAACAGCCAAAGUUGGAAAUGUUUCCGAUGAACAGGAUAACUCCAUUGAAUCUGCUGAUGAUGAAGCAUCGGAUGAUGAUGUAGCGAUGGAUCAUAACAACGAGUCAACAGAAUCAGAUGCCGAUGCAGAAGAGGACGAUGAACAAUUCGAUCAAGAUGAUGAUUCUGAUGAAGCAUUAUCUGAAAGUGAUGGUGAACAACCCGACGAAAAUCAUGACUCAUCGACGACAACAUCGGAAGGCGAUGGAGAUUCUGCCAAAACAUCAUCAUCGCUUCUGAUCAAGGAUGUCACUACUUUAAUGGAAAAAUGUAGAACAAUUGUUUCAACUAUCCGAAAAACUAGUAUUUUAAACGAAACUGUUCAUGAUCUUGCCAAAGCAUCAUCAAUCAAAGCUGGUCUUGUUCUUAACAUGCGAGUUCGUGGGAACUCUUCGUACAAGAUGUUACAGCGAGUUUUGGUUUAUCAAAAUGUUCUCGAGAAGUUUUAUGGAGAGCUUGAUUCGUUAGCUGGUGUUACCAAUAAACAACGUAAUAAACUUAUGAAAUCGAAAUUCGAUAGAAAUGAUUGGAAUUUAAUUCAAACUCUUCGACGUGUUUUGGAAAGAUUUGAAGAAGCAACGAAAGUUUUAUCCGGACAAAAAUAUCCAACUUCAUCUCUUGCUUACGCGAUUAUAACUAGCUUGUCCCAUUGUUUCAACAAUCGAUCGAACGACGUAUUCGAAAAUGACAUCAAGGAUAUGCUUAUUAAUUCCUUUGAGAAAUACAUGGUUCGUGACGGCAAAGCAAUGACAUUCAUUCGUGCAGCAGCUUUUCUGGAUCCUCUUAUACAUGACUUGCUUACACUUGAUGAUAAAGAAGCCGCCGAAUCUUUCAUCAUUAACGAAGUCAAUGAAAAACGUCGCUCAAAAAGCACAAUGACUCCGACGAAUGAUUUGUCAAUAGCAGCGUCUUCUAUGACUACUGCAGGCGCAAAUGCGAAUUCAACAACAGUAACGAUGCCAUGCACGUCAAAAGGUGGAAUUGUAAUGAAAAAUUUUUUGAGCAAAUGUGGUGUUGGAUCUGAAAUUGCAAAAUUAUGUUCAAUUCCGAAGAAUGAUUUGCAGUUCGAUUCAUUUUGGCAAGAGCAUGGGAAUAAUUUACCUAAACUUUCCGUUGUUGCACAUAAGUAUUUAUCAAUUGCAGCAAGCAGUGUACCAAGUGAAUCGGCAUUUUCAACUUCAAAUUAUAUUCUUCGAAAAAACCGUUUGGCUCUAACCUCCAGAAAUAUUAAAUAUGGGAUGUUCUUAAAGGACAAGAUUUAA